CAUUAUUGAAUCGAAGAAGAAGAUGACCGGAACCGGAAGUACACACACAGAAGAAAGCGUCUCGGUUCAGCAAGAAAUUCUGAUCGUUCAUUGAGCAAUUUUGCCUAGAUUAAUAUGUCUGGAACUGCCUCGGUUGCGGGUGAAGUGUUUGUUGAUGCCUUACCUUAUUUUGACCAAGGUUACGAUGCUACCGGUGUCAGAGAAGCUGCUGCAGCAUUAGUUGAGGAGGAGACCAGAAGAUACAGACCAACCAAGAACUACCUGAGCUACCUGCCUACGCCUGAUUUUUCUACUUUUGAGACUGAAAUUAUGAAGAAUGAAUUCGAUCGCCUGGCAUCUCGGCAACCCAUGGAGCUCCUCAGCAUGAAGAGGUAUGAGCUGCCGGCACCGUCUGCAGGUCAGAAGAACGAUAUCACAGCUUGGCAGGAGUGCGUGAAUAACUCUAUGGCCCAGCUAGAGCACCAGGCGGUUCGCAUCGAGAACCUGGAGCUCAUGUCGCAAUAUGGAACCAAUGCGUGGAAGGUCUACAACGAUAACCUAGCCUUCAUGAUCGAGAUGGCUCAAAAGGAACUUCAGAAAUUCAGGAAACAAAUUCAGGAUUUGAAUUGGCAACGUAAAAAUGACCAAUUAGCCGGAGGAGCCAAACUUCGAGAGCUGGAGUCAAACUGGGUGUCGCUGGUCAGCAAGAACUACGAGAUCGAGCGGGCCAUCGUGCAUCUAGAAAACGAAAUCGGUCAGCUCAAACAGCAGCAGGGGGAUGAGAACAAGGAGAACAUCAGGCAGGAUUUUUGACUUCAUCCCGGAAUUACCUACAAACUUAUUCCUUUGUCAGACACGGACCCCCCCUUUUUUUUUUUUAAUAUAAACACAAUGACAAAAGCGAGGCAAACUGGAGGAAAGCCAACAUUUGGAAAGGUGAGUCUUUGAGAGCAGACCAAGGAGGGAAGUUAACGUUCUAUUUCAAGCUUUGAAUCGAUAUGAAUGAAGAAGGUCAACCUGAUUGAUUGUUUCCGGUCACAUUGCCUUUUACCAGCAGCUCUCGUCAUCAGCUUCUUUUUUAUGGGAUUUUAAUAAAGUCAAUGUUUAUUUCCUAAAUUGGACUAUUUUUAUUACGACCAUUACCAAACCCGUUGGCAGUCUGUGGUUUUACUGCUUACGUAAAACAACAAACAAGCACUACAAUUAUAAUAUCCAUCUUUCGUGUUUUAAAAAUGCAGAAGACAAGUCUAGCGAAUCGUAGAAAAGUGGAAGUUGUCCAAUUAAAUGCAUUCAUUUCAAUUUUUUAUCCAAAAUGUUUGUAUUUUCAGCUGCAAAAAGAAUUACCAAAUUUGGGCAUAUCGCACAGGACAACAUGCAACAAGUAGCGGUGUUAUACCUGAAUAUGACAAUGGAAUGUAAAGUUCACAAAACGUGUAAGGACAUCAUGGUGCACACAUGACAGGUCUCAUGAACCCACUUUUAUGGAAGUCAAAGAAAACCUCAUUUAUUGUUCACAA